AACGCGGGAGCGCGCAUGCUGUGCGGCGUUACUCUGAGCUCGAGCACAGCCCCGGCCGCUCGCAAACAUGCCCGAGGAAGAAUACUAUGGCAAGAAUGGGGAGCCAAGGAAAUAUGACCCCACUUUCAAAGGACCAAUUCAUAACAGGGGCUGCACAGACAUCAUCUGUUGUAUCCUCUUCAUCUUGGCUUUACUGGGUUACUUUGCAGUUGGAAUUCUAGCAUGGUCUCAAGGGGACCCCAGGAAGGUGAUCUACCCCACGGACAGCAGGGGACAGUUCUGUGGACAGGCAGGCACCCCACUGGAGAACAAGCCCAACCUGUUCUAUUUCAACAUCAUGAAAUGUGCCAGUCCCCUGGUUCUGCUCGAAUUCCAGUGUCCCACUCCACAGAUCUGUGUAGAGAAGUGUCCAGACAGAUUCCUGACCCUCCUGAAUGCCUUCAAAACGGCGGACCUGAAAUAUUACAAAUCAUAUUGCAAGGAAGGGGUGGAUUUGUCCACACUGAGUGCUCCAGAAGUCCUGAAGACGGGACUGUGUCCUGCCAUGAUUCUGCCCAGCAAACCCUUGUCUCGCAGAUGUUUCCCUGCCUUCAGUAAAAAAAACGGUGUGCUCGUUGUGGGUAACCAAACCACAUUUGAUGAUGGGCAGGGGAAAAUCAGGAACGCCAAGGACCUCCUAGAGGGUGCUGGGAAUGCCACCAUAGUCCGAGAAGCUCGGCAGCUGGCCAUGAAGAUCUUUGAAGAUUACACUCAUUCUUGGUACUGGAUCCUGAUCGGAUUGGUGAUCGCCAUGGUAAUCAGCCUCAUAUUCAUCAUUCUCCUGCGCUUCCUGGCUGGAAUAAUGGUGUGGGUCAUGAUCAUACUGGUCAUCCUGGUUAUUGGAUAUGGCAUUUUCCACUGCUACAUGGAGUACGCCAGUCUGAAGGGCACGCCUGGGGCAAACGUUACCCUGCAAGAGCUGGGCCUGCAAGCGGACUUCAGCGUCUACCUGCAGAUCCAGCAGACCUGGCUGGCCUUCAUGAUCAUCCUGUGUAUUGUGGAGGUGAUCAUCAUACUCCUGCUGAUCUUCCUAAGGAAGCGGAUCCUUAUUGCCAUCGCUCUCAUCAAAGAGGCCAGCAGGGCCAUUGGCUAUGUGAUGUCAUCAUUAUUUUACCCGCUCCUCACCUUCAUCCUCCUGGCUUUGGUCAUCGCAUACUGGGCUGUGACAGCAAUCUUUCUGUCCACUUCUAAUGAACCAGUUUACAAAGUGUUUAAUGACACUGCGUGUGAAUACUCCAGGAACACUUGUAAACCUGAGACUUUCAACACCAGCGCAGCGAAGCUGGCGUGUCCAGAUGCAAAGUGCCUGUUUGCCUUCUAUGGCGGGGAGAGCCCCUACCACAAGUACCUGAUUGCCUUCCAGUUUUACAAUGUCUUCCUCUUCUUCUGGUGUGCCAACUUUGUGACUGCACUAGGACAGGUCACCCUGGCAGGUGCUUUUGCCUCCUACUACUGGGCCUCCAAGAAGCCAGAUGAUAUGCCUGCUUUCCCCAUCUUCUCAUCCUUGGGGCGAGCACUCAGGUAUCACACUGGCUCCAUGGCUUUUGGAUCGCUCAUCCUCGCCAUUGUCCAGGUGAUCAGAGUGCUGCUGGAAUAUGUGGACUACAAGCUGAAAGGAGCCCAGAAUAGGUUUGCCAAGUUCUUGCUGUGCUGCCUGAAGUGUUGCUUCUGGUGCUUGGAGAAAUUCAUCAAGUUCCUCAACAGAAACGCCUACAUCAUGAUAGCGAUUUAUGGUAAAAACUUCUGCACAUCAGCCAGGGACGCCUUCUUCCUGCUGAUGAGGAACAUUAUCCGGGUUGCUGUCCUGGACAAAGUAACAGACUUCCUGUUGUUCCUGGGGAAGCUUCUCAUAGUUGCAGCAGUUGGAAUCUUGUCCUUCUUCUUCUUCUCUGGGAAGAUGAAAGGAAUUGAGAGCACUACACCAGCUCUCAAUUACUACUGGGUCCCUAUUGUGACGGUGAUUAUUGGCUCCUACCUCAUUGCUCAUGGUUUCUUCAGUGUCUAUGCAAUGUGUGUGGACACCCUCUUCCUCUGCUUCUGCGAGGACCUGGAGCGAAACGAUGGUUCUGCAGAAAGGCCGUACUUCAUGUCUCCAGAGCUACACGAUAUCCUUUCAGAGAACGCGGUGAUGGAGGAGGUGAAGGAGCUUCCGGAUCAGGAAGAGGAGACACCCUGGGAGCAGGACAGAGAGAUACAGCUGCAUCAGUGCCCUGAAAUGCAAGAGAAUGGAGAGGAGAACCUUCAGAAAGUACAACACGAGUAGCUUUACCAAAGAUGCUUUUCAGGAGGGUUAUAGCUCCCUGUUCCUUCUAAGUAAUUUGUAAGGAAUUGUGGGAGUUUGCUCCAGUACACUGAAGGGCCAAUGAGUGGUGGUGCUUUGAACAGUUUUGAGCUAACUUUAGUUACUCUGAGAAAUGUGUCCUUAACUCUGUCUUGCCAAAAAGUAUCAGAGAUUAGAGCUGCUGAGGUUUAACCUGCAAAUCCAGUUACACAAAGCUGUUGUCUGCCUGCAGUGACCUUGUUUACAGUGUGUGCCAGUGAGCCGUCUCCAUUUAACAUGUGUGGCACAAGACAAACUGUUUGCUUAGCAACUGUUCCCUCUAUCUUUCUCAAUACUGUUAAUUUAUGCAGUUCUAUGAUGCAGUCUUUAUUGUGGUGUUUCCAGGUCGAAAGUGGAAAAGAGUGUACAUGACUAAAAUCUGUUUACAGUGCAAUGUAAUAUAUGGUGUGAUGUAAUGCAGGCCAAACAACGACUCUGUGUAUUUCAUUGCAUUUAUUUUUGUUAAUACCUGGGGUAGCUCUGUCAGAGAUCUUGUGUUUUGUAUGCAGAGCAAUCAGACUUACUUGCCUUGUCAUUUGACUGCCUGUUGGGAUUAUGCUGCUAUAACCUGGGAUUGGUCUGGAUUGGGUUUGUUUCAUGGGUGGGCUCUCUGUCUCAUUCUUUCCUUCUUGUGCGCUCUCUCUCACUGUUUCUGCCUCUCUUUCUCUGUCGCAUGUGUAUAGUGUCAUUGAUGCUCUCCAUUAAAGCCGUGAAUCUGCCAGCUGCAUUCCAUGUUAUAUUUCUAGGGAAUAUGUAAGGUGUUGGAUGAAAGCUGGCCCUUUGCUGUGGUAGAAUGAGAGUCAUGCUGUGACCUCCCCCAUUCCUGUGGCAGUCUUUCUGCUCUACUUGGUGCACUGUGGUAGUAAACCACUGCGCAUGACUGUGUCCACAAACAAAAAUAUUGCUGACUGUGGACACUGAACAUGUUUUCUCCAAGUUUCGUACAUUAAGUUUUCUGUGUUGUGGAGAGUCUGUUUAGGUUAAUCAUGUGCCUUUCUGCUUUCCCCACCC